GGCGGGGAUGAGGAGCGGGCUACUGCUCCGGCCCUGCCCUGUUUCUGCCCUGCCUGUGUCCUCGCUUUUGUUCUUGUCGCUGUGUCUUUGCCCCAGUUCCUGUCCCUAUCCUGUCCCUGCCGCUGCCUCUGCCCAGCCUCCAGGCUCGCCGGAGGGGCUGCGGGCGGAGUUCUCCCCACCGGGUCCGCGGGAUGGGGGCGGGAGAGAAGAGGCCCGGGGGGCACGGGGUAGGACCCCCGUCCCCGAGGAAUCUCGAAAGGAGUGAGGGGUCUGUCCCCUCCUGUGGGGCAGGACAGAGGAUGGCUCUCGCCCCGGACAGGACGGGAAGAGGAUGUCCCUGGGAAGGGGGAGCCUGGGAAGGUAAAGAAAGGGGCGCAUGAGCCCCUGAAAGCAGAAGCACGGAGGGGGAGUGGUCGGAGAGGGAGGACCGAGCCAAACACCCGGCGUCGGGAAAGUUUCAAACAUUUGUAACUUUGGCAGCAAAGGGCCUGCUGCACUGGGGUGAAGGGAGGAGACAGGGUCCUUUCGACUUUACAAACCACCCCGUUCCUGCUCUAAAGGGACACCACCCCGCCUUUGAAAUUGGUAGAAAAACAGCUAAACAGAAUGAUUGCACAAACUCUUGAAAGGCAUCCAAAAAACAGUAAAGUGGAAAAAAUUAGCGCUCAAGGAGAGAAAUCAGGACGAAUUGAGAUUUCCCAAUCUUCCCGCUGGCAGGCGGGAAGGAGUAGGAAGGCGAGGAGAGUGUCAAGCUCCCCCCCCCCACGCCCCCGUGCCCGCCCAGGAAGGAACGGAGACCCGGGCGGCUGCUUUUGUGGUUUUGCUUGUCGUUUGCACGCCUUCUGCCUCCUGCACAAGCCUCGUUGUCUCCUCCAUUUACCUGGAAAUAGGAGUUGGAAGGCAGCACCUUCCCUUCCUCCCAGCCUGCCUCCUUCUGCAGAGCGGAGCUCCAUAGAACUUUGUUGUUUUGCCUUUUACUCUGCGGGGAGAGAAGCAGACGAUGAGGAGAAAAUAAUGAAUGUCAAAGGAAAAGUGGUUCUGUCAAUGCUGGUUGUCUCCACUGUCAUUGUUGUGUUUUGGGAAUAUAUCCACAGCCCAGAAGGCUCCUUCUUGUGGAUAUAUCACUCAAAAGGAGAAAACCAAGAUUCAGAGAGUGAAAAGGUCCCGUCACGGUCAUACUACCAAAACCCAGAAGUUGGUGACAGCAGAAUUCGGAAGGGCUGGUGGUUUCCGAGCUGGUUUAACAAUGGGACCCACAUUUACCACGAAGAGGAAGACAUAGAUGGUGAACGUGAACAAAGAGAGGAAAACAACGAAGAGCUUCAGCUGUCAGACUGGUUUAACCCACAGAAACGUCCAGAGGUUGUGACAGUGACCGGAUGGAAGGCGCCGGUCGUGUGGGAAGGCACUUACAACAGCACCAUCCUAGAAAAGUAUUAUGGCAAACAGAAAAUUACCGUGGGUUUGACGGUUUUUGCUGUUGGAAGAUACAUUGAGCAUUACUUGGAGGAGUUCUUAAUAUCUGCCAAUAGGUACUUCAUGGUUGGCCACAAAGUCAUAUUUUACAUCAUGGUGGACGAUGUCUCCAGGAUGCCCUUGAUAGAGCUGGGGCCUCUGCGUUCCUUCAAAGUGUUUGAGAUUGAGCCUGAGAAGAGGUGGCAGGACAUCAGCAUGAUGCGUAUGAAGACCAUUGGGGAACACAUUGUGGCCCACAUCCAGCAUGAAGUGGACUUCCUCUUCUGCAUGGACGUGGACCAGGUCUUCCAAGAUAGCUUUGGAGUGGAGACUCUGGGCCAGUCAGUGGCUCAGCUGCAGGCCUGGUGGUACAAGGCAGAUCCCGAUGAGUUUACCUACGAGAGGCGGAAGGAGUCUGCAGCCUACAUUCCAUUUGGCCAGGGGGAUUUUUAUUACCAUGCAGCCAUUUUUGGAGGAACACCCAUUCAGGUCUUAAACAUCACCCAGGAGUGCUUCAAGGGAAUCCUCCAAGACAAGAAAAAUGACAUAGAAGCCGAGUGGCAUGAUGAAAGCCACCUAAACAAGUAUUUCCUUCUCAACAAACCCACUAAAAUCUUAUCCCCAGAAUAUUGCUGGGAUUAUCACAUAGGCCUGCCUUCAGAUAUUAAGACUGUCAAGAUAUCUUGGCAGACAAAAGAGUAUAAUUUGGUUAGAAAUAAUAUCUGACUUUAAACUGUGCCAGUAGGUUUCCGAAUUUGGGAAGAGUAUGAUUAUGGCAACUUUCUCAGAAGAGUAACACUUGACUUUUAAACAAUACUAACAAAACACCAACACAGCAAAUACUUGGUCUUCUUCCUUAUAACUUUGAACUUUGCAGUAUGGGAGAAUGAGCCUAUGGUAAUCAGAUGUAAAUUCCUAUUCUGGGUUUGGGGGAAAUACUAUCAACUAAACCAAAAAAAAAAAAAAAUUGGUUUUGGACACAGGCAAAGAAAAAGCCAGAAACGCUCUGCAUGUGCCAGAUAACGUACUGACAAAAGGGUGCUAGGAGGUGUUUGGCAACAAGAUACAACUGUGGGAGGUCAUCCCCUUGACUUCAGUGUCCUUGCUGAGUUGCCUGGCAGCAGAACUCUGAGUAAGGACGCGGUCCCCCUUGGCAAUCCUCAGAUGGUUUCAGUAGCAAACUGCUUCAAGCCAUUGGCUGUCCAUGUUCUUUUCUCAUCAGGAAAAUGUCAUUUGGCUUCUGUACAGAAGAUUGGUGAAGAUUCCCAAUGGAUAUCAUGGUGGUGAAGGUUUGGAGUCCCAGGGAAUAUGAAUAAGCCAGUGGGGGCUCAACAUGGAGUGAAAACAAAGACUCAAAGUUAGUUUGCCGUGAAAUGGGCAAGAGGCCCAUGCCAUGAAGUGGGAAAAGAGGAGGCUGGUGGGCCACCUCUGAGGGGCACAGGGCACGGGGCUGGUGCUUAAACACAGCACAGAUCCCGGCACUGAAUGGGAGGCUGUGUGGGCAAUCUCCAGCCUUCUCAGACCCACAACAACUAGAGCAGCAGGGGCUUGCAUGGAAGAUGCUUCUUGUUUUGCCCAAGUCACAUUGAGUCUGCCAGACUCUGCCACUUGGGUCUUCGGUUCCAUGGCUGGAGGAAGUGGAUGGUGUCAGAGAAGGCAAAGGCCCGCAGUGGACUGAAGAGGCUGGCAUGGAGUUCCAUUUCCCAAACCUGAGCUUCAUGACGAUAAGUCGUCAACGUGUCCUGCUGCAGCCUGCUCUAAGCCUCAGGGCCCCUCAGCCCAUCAUGCCCCAAAGUGGAGGGCUGACAUCCAGGAGUGGACUGGAUUGGAAAACCCUCCCGUCAAGCAACCUCUCGUUUUCCCCUGUCCUGUCUGCACGAAAGCUGUGUAACCACCAGACACAGUGGAUAAAUGGCUAAUUGAUUUUAUAUCAAAAGCAGACAGGAUGGUAAUGGGAGACCCAGUCCUCAUGACUGAACAGCUUAACAUACAGUUCCCUUCUCUAAGAGAAGCUCUGAAAUCCUACAUAUUAUUUAAAGUUAAGCAAUUCAGUGUCAAGGAAGUUGGGACGCACCAUCUACAUAGACAGGUAUAUUUAUAGUUUGCUUGUGUUCCAGUUUUGGUCAUUUUGUUUCCAUUUUUAAGUGAUUGAUUUGAAGAGCCACUGCCCUGGCUCCACGUUCGGCACAAUGGGCUUACGUGAUCCAAAUGAAACCCAUGUUUUUUCCUACCAUUUCACCGUGCCGCCUACUCUUCAGUCCUUGCCAAAAAUCUCACAACCCAGCAAAACCAAACCAAACUAACAAAAGUCCUGAAGAAGUGGACUUCGUGAAAGAAAACAAAGACCAUAAGUCAGUUAGGAUGCUGCCUCUAGGAUUCAAGUUUUCUGGGAUCCAUUCUGGAGUAGAGACAGUGGAGCAUUUAAGUCCUACACCAAAGAAAUGAUCUAUCUUAAACGAUUAGGGGAAAGGGCUGAUGUUUACUUUUGAGGGAAUCUUGAUUUCUUUUUAUUUGUUUAAAUCCCAAAUGAACAAACUCAAGAUCUCAUGAAUAGUUAUUCUUAAACAUUAAAAAAAAUAAUAAAAUUCCUGAUUCACAAUUGAAUAAAUUAUUUUCUCAGUA